AUGGCUUUGCUUCAAUACCAAGCGCCGGUCGACUACGCCGCGCAACUGGAUGGCUUCAAGGACUUCCUUCAGCAUUUUAAGACCCUCCAAUCGACCUCGGAAGCUGCUGCGACCGAGGCGAUGGAGGAUCUGAACAUCGAUGGAAACCGCACCAGCGAUGAGUAUGACUUCAUGGACGAUGUCGCCGAUGAGGGGGCGGAGACCCGUGGAGCAAGGAGGCGCCGAGAGCCGAAGCUCAAGUAUAUGCAGACUCUGCAGGAUAUCGCCAACCGGGAUGCCUCCAACAUUGUGAUUGAGCUGGAUGAUUUAGAAGUUUUUGAAAAAGCCCUUCCCGAGGAGCAGCAGAAUCUGAAGCUGGUUGAAUCCAUCCAAAAGAACACCAAGCGUUACAUCGAUGUGUUUUCGUCUGCAGUGGAUGCGGUCAUGCCCAAGGAGACCAAGGAGAUUACAUUCAAGGACGAUGUCUUGGAUGUGAUCAUGUCGCAGCGUGAGAAGCGCAAUGAGACACAGGAGAUGCAAAUGGAGGCCGACAUGGAUGCUGCCCCUGUUGCGUCCCUUUUCCCACCUGAACUCACUCGCCGAUAUACUCUCAACUUCAAGCCCCUCACACCGUCCGGCUCGAGCAGCGACCGCGCCGGAAAAGCACUUGCUGUCCGCAAUGUGCGCGGAGAGCAUCUUGGUAGCCUGAUCACCGUCCGCGGCAUCACUACUCGUGUCUCGGACGUCAAGCCUGCCGUUCAGAUCAACGCCUACACUUGCGACCGAUGCGGAUGCGAAGUCUUCCAGCCCAUUACCACCAAGCAGUUCCUUCCUCUUUCUGAGUGUCUGUCGGAGGAGUGCAAGAAGAAUAACUCGAAGGGUCAGCUAUUCCUGUCGACUCGCGCCUCUAAAUUUGUUCCGUUCCAGGAGGUCAAAAUCCAGGAGAUGGCCGACCAGGUGCCCGUAGGCCACAUUCCCCGGUCACUUACUAUUCACUGCCACGGAGCACAAACCCGACAAUUGAACCCCGGUGAUGUCGUCGACAUUGCUGGUAUCUUCUUGCCUACUCCCUACACUGGCUUCCGCGCUAUUCGCGCCGGUCUCCUGACUGACACCUACCUGGAGGCUCAGCACAUUACCCAGCACAAGAAGUCCUACAAUGAUAUCGGCAUGGACAGCCGUACCCUGAAGAAGAUUGAGCAACACUUGAACUCUGGCAACAUGUACGAGUAUCUCUCGCGCUCUAUCGCGCCUGAGAUUUUCGGACAUCUUGACGUGAAGAAGGCACUGCUGCUUCUGUUGAUCGGCGGUGUGACCAAGGAGAUGGGUGAUGGAAUGCACAUUCGUGGUGACAUCAACAUUUGCCUGAUGGGUGACCCUGGUGUGGCCAAAUCUCAGCUACUUCGAUACAUUACAAAGGUUGCCCCUCGUGGUGUGUAUACCACGGGUCGUGGUAGUAGUGGUGUCGGUCUGACUGCUGCUGUGAUGAGAGACCCCGUAACUGAUGAGAUGGUGCUGGAGGGUGGUGCCCUGGUUCUUGCGGACAACGGUAUCUGCUGUAUUGAUGAGUUCGACAAGAUGGAUGACUCGGACCGAACUGCCAUUCACGAAGUUAUGGAGCAACAGACCAUCUCCAUUUCCAAGGCUGGCAUCAACACCACUUUGAAUGCCCGUACUUCGAUUCUGGCCGCCGCCAACCCGCUAUACGGCCGAUACAACCCCCGUAUCUCGCCCGUUGAGAACAUCAAUCUCCCCGCCGCUUUGCUCUCCCGUUUCGAUGUCAUGUUUUUGCUCCUGGAUACUCCGUCCCGGGAAACGGACGAGGAGCUGGCCAGCCACGUCACCUACGUCCACAUGCACAACAAACACCCCGAGACCGAAGACUCUGGCAUCAUGUUCACUCCCCAUGAGGUCCGUCAGUACAUCGCCAAGGCCCGCACCUUCCGCCCUGUCGUUCCUUCAAAUGUAUCCGACUACAUGGUUGGUGCGUACGUCGCUAUGCGCAAGCGUCAGAAGAAGGACGAGGCGCGGAAGCAGCAAUUCUCCCACGUUACCACCCGUACUCUGCUGGGUAUGGUCCGUCUCUCCCAGGCUCUCGCCCGUCUUCGCUUCAGCGAGGAGGUGGUCCGCGAGGAUGUUGACGAGGCGUUGCGCCUCAUCGAAGUUAGCAAGGCGUCCCUCUACAACGAUGGCGAGUCCGGUGCCGACCACACCCCCAGCAGCAAGAUCUACACCUUGAUUCGCACCCUGCGGGAGAGCGGCGCUGCAGCUAUCGGUGAUGGUGAGGACAAUGAGCUGAGCGUGAGACGUAUUCGGGAGCGUGUGCUGGCCAAGGGCUUCACUGAGGACCAGCUCACCACCACCCUUCACGAAUAUGCCGAGUUCAACGUCUGGCAAAUUGCUGGAAACAGUUCACGUCUUGUAUUCCUUGACGGCGACGAUGAGAUGCAUGGUUAA